AUGAACAAAAGCAGCUUGAUUCCCAUCUUUACUUUGUCCAAUGGAAUGGUAUUACAAAUUCUAAUGUGUUAAUUAGAUUGGAUCAGCUCCAAUAGUGCUUCCUGUUUUGUACAAUCAAUAUGGGUUCCUUAAUGGAGUAGUCUUCUCAUUCAUCAUAUGCUUGGCGUCCUGCACGACAUGUCUGAUUGUUAAGAAAUACCAUUUGAAAAAAGAAGUCUUAAAACUAGUUUUAUGAUAGGUUGACUUGCAAUUUCUGAUCAAUCGAAUUCUCGGGCCGAAAUUCUAAACAACAUUCAAUUUCAUAACAAUCAUCUUUUACAUUGCUUGUGCAUAAAUUUAAGUAAUAAUUUCUUGUUCGCUCAUUUACUCAGUGAUAUCCUUGUUCGUUAACUCAGCUCCCCAGGUAAGAUUCUAUUGAUAUAAUUUUAGAAUGUCUUCACUUUCACUUAGUUCUCGUACCAAAUUCUUGGAAUGAUUUACAUUCUUAUUUUGCUGCCAACUUUUUUUAUCAAAGAUAUCACUCCAUUACUAAAACUGCCCACUUACGCCUCCUUGGCAACACUCUUAGCUGUCGUAUUCAUUAUCUUCCAAGGUUCCUAAACCCCAACAAUCUCCACAUGGAAAUCUAAUGAUGUAAAUAAAAAUGUUCCCUCAUUAUACAGAUCGCUGUGUUGCCAAGCGUGUUUCAAUUGGCCUUUUUGGGUCAUAGUUUGGUGGUUCCACUCCUAUCCAAAUCGGAGAGCAAGCAUAAAUCUAGGGAUAUAAUAAUUGCCUAUAUUUUAACUUUUUCAAUUUAUUAAGUCGUAGGCCUUUUUGGUAGUUAUGCACUUUUCGAAAGGAAACCAUAAGAUGGACUAUCUGGAUUCACAAUCUUGGAUUACUUCCCACAAUCACAACUAUUUGUAAUAAUUCUACAAGUAAAAUUAUAUGAAAAUCACGUAGAUUCUGUUAUUCAUUCAAAUCAGUUUGCUGCUCCCUAUUAUUUAAUAUGUGGCCAGACUAAGGUUCUUUGCGUUCUUCAAUGCUAAGAAUCCUAAACCAUACAUGUUAAUUAUAUUUUCAUUUGUGUUCGCAUUCAUAUGUUUGUUUUUCGAAAUGAUGAACCUAAACUUAGAAAACUUGAUAAGUUACACAGGGUAUUUAUGGUAUAAUAACAAUAAGUGCAAUAAUCGGAACCAUAAUUGGUUUCCUUAUACCGAUUGCCUGUCACAUUAAAAUAAAAUAUUUUAGUAAGAAGCAAGUCCAAGAAUUCAAUUUGAUUGAGUCAAGUUAGGAAUUGAAACCAAGAAGAAUAGGAAAAUUGGAAAUUGUAUUUGAUAUCUUAGGUUGUGGAAUCAUUUUAUCGAUCGGCUUAAGUGUGUUGGUGCUUAGAUUCAUCUAUGUGUGA